AUGAAGAGACGCGCGCCGGGAGGAGGCGUGGCCGCUAAAAAGUCUGACAACAACGAGCUCUUGCUCUUUCACGACGAGCCCUUGGAAGCGCACGGCACCGUCGACGCAGCCUCGGCUCGGCUCGUCCAGACGGAUGCGCGGGACUCGGUGGCACCGAAGGCUGGCGCGCUAGGACGCGAAGCCGGAGGCAUGAUAUGCAACAAGAACGGAGACUGCCGAAGGGAGCCCACCAGCUCGGGGAGCCUGUCCUCACUCAUAUCCCGACAAGAGAAGCACGCCGAUGGAGGAGUAGAAGCGGCCGAGGCUGGCAAGGCUGCGAGCAUGGACGGCUCGGCGGUGUCAGAGGGACCCGGAGCCGAGGUCAAGAGCGCCUCCGGGUUGGAGAAGAAAGACUCCCGGGUGUCUUUCUCCAACGCGCCCGGCGGUAGAGGUCACACCCCGACUCAGCUGUCCAGGAAGUCAUCCAUGAAGGCGGCGGCGGAGGACAGCUCCCUGAUCGUGGCUGACGAUGGCGAGACCGGCCGGGGCCAAACGUACAUGCAGCGGCAGUUCAGCUCCAUGCUGCAGCCGGGGGUCAACAAGUUCUCCCUGCGGAUGUUCGGCAGCCAGAAGGCGGUCGAGAAGGAGCAGGAGAGGGUCAAGUCGGCGGGCAACUGGAUCAUACAUCCGUACAGCGACUUCAGGUUCUACUGGGACUUCACCAUGCUCCUGUUCAUGGUGGGCAACCUCAUCAUCAUCCCCGUGGGCAUCACCUUCUUCAAAGACGAGACCACCGCGCCGUGGAUCAUUUUCAACGUGGUGUCCGACACCUUCUUCCUCAUGGACCUGGUGCUCAACUUCCGCACGGGCAUCGUGUUUGAGGACAACACCGAGAUCAUCCUGGACCCCAACAAGAUCAAGAAGAAGUACCUGCAGAGCUGGUUCGUGGUGGACUUUGUCUCCUCCAUCCCGGUGGAUUACAUCUUUCUCAUCGUGGAGAAGGGCAUCGACUCGGAGGUGUACAAGACGGCGCGGGCGCUACGCAUUGUGCGCUUCACCAAAAUCCUCAGCUUGCUGCGUCUGCUCCGGCUCUCCAGACUCAUCCGUUAUAUCCACCAGUGGGAGGAGAUCUUCCACAUGACGUACGACCUGGCCAGCGCCGUGAUGCGAAUAUUCAACUUGAUCGGCAUGAUGCUGCUGCUGUGCCACUGGGAUGGUUGCCUGCAGUUCCUGGUGCCCAUGCUGCAGGACUUCCCCUCCGAUUGCUGGGUGUCCCUUAACAAGAUGGUGAACGACACGUGGAGCGAGCUCUACUCCUUUGCCCUCUUCAAGGCCAUGAGUCACAUGUUGUGCAUCGGCUACGGACGUCAAGCCCCCGAGAGCAUGUCGGACAUUUGGCUCACCAUGCUCAGUAUGAUCGUGGGGGCCACCUGCUACGCCAUGUUUAUCGGACACGCCACCGCACUCAUCCAGUCUCUGGACUCGUCCAGGCGGCAGUAUCAGGAGAAGUAUAAACAAGUGGAGCAGUACAUGUCAUUCCACAAGCUACCGGCAGACUUUCGGCAGAAGAUCCACGACUACUACGAGCACAGAUACCAGGGCAAGAUGUUUGAUGAGGAGAGCAUUCUCGAGGAGCUUAAUGAGCCAUUGAGAGAGGAAAUCGUCAACUUCAACUGCCGCAAGCUGGUGGCGACCAUGCCGCUGUUCGCCAACGCCGAUCCCAACUUCGUGACGGCCAUGCUGACCAAGCUACGUUUCGAGGUCUUUCAGCCGGCUGACUACGUGGUGCGUGAAGGCACCAUCGGCAAGAAGAUGUACUUCAUCCAGCAUGGUGUGGUCACCGUGCUCACCAAAGGCAGCGUGGGCAUGAAGCUGGUCGACGGAUCCUAUUUUGGAGAAAUCUGUCUGCUGACCCGUGGCCGACGGACAGCCAGCGUGCGUUCGGACACGUACUGUCGUCUGUACUCUCUCUCGGUGGACAACUUCAACGAGGUCUUGGAAGAGUAUCCCAUGAUGAGGCGCGCCUUUGAAACGGUCGCUAUCGACAGGUUGGACAGAAUCGGCAAGAAGAACUCCGUCCUGAUGCACAAAGUCCAGCACGAUCUCAACUCAGGCGUGUUCAACAACCGCGAGAACGAGAUGAUCCAGGAGAUCGUCAAGUACGAUCGUGAGAUGGUUCAACAGGUGGACGUGCCGCGACCGCAGCCCUUAUCCGUAACGCCCUCUCAGCACACUGGGGGUUUUACCCCGGCGGGUUCCUCUCCACAGCCCCAAAGUUCCGCUAUCGCCACCUUGCAGCAGGCUGUAGCCAUGAGCCUUUGUCCGCCCAUGCAAGGGAACUCGCCAGGGGGCGGGACAUUGCAGUCUCCGAGGACGGUGAGGAGAUUCCAGGUGUUGCAGAAUGUAUCCAAUCCUGGCUCGCCGUUGCAGUCGCAGCUUCUUGCUUCUGGUACUUUCGCUCCACUCAUCUCCAGCCCGACUGUCCAGAGCCCUCGGUCAUUCCUUUACGGCUCAGGCGCCCUUGCUGGUCCCACCACCGGCUCUCAACUGUCUUUGGUCCAACAACACACGGCAACCCCUGUGCACCGACCCAGUGUACAUAAAAGCACGCAUUCCUUGCCAAUGGGGAGUCUCAGCCAGGACACCAGGACGCUGUCAGCCUCUCAGCCCUCGUUGCCACACGAGGUGAUGCACCCGGGAGCCCAGAGUCCCCUCCUAUCCACGCGAGUCUCCUCGACUUCCAUCGGACCAGCUCAGACCCCAUCGGGCCAUUCGGGUGUCUGCAAUGCUAUAACGCACAGGAUUGUGCUACCCCACCAGCUGUCAGUGGGGGCCUUCGGGACAGGUGUCGGGUUUACCAUGGGAACACCCGCCGGGGACUUGGUACGACCCAAGAAGGACUCCAUCACGAGCUUUCCCGAGACGGAGCAGAUUAAAGUCCGAUCUCGGUUAUCCUCGAAUUUGUGAUUGUAAUUAAAGCCUUCUGGGGUUCAUGAGGGGCAGUCUCACAGUUGUCAAAUCCAGGUCCUGAAACUAACAAUCUUCCAACAGUUUAGCUUUAGCUUCUAUAAUCAACUUACUCAACCGCUCCUUGGGGGCUAGCUCAUUUACGUGUUGAUUGAUUAGAAGCAGCCAAACUGUGGCAGGGGUCCUACUUUUUGGACCUGGAUUUGACACCUCUGGACUGAUACAAAACUCUUCUGCAUUGUUUCAGCUCACUGACAUAGCAGAAAAUGCACAGAAUAAAUAGCCUAUCUUAGUAGCAACCUCCCAAAUUCACCUCCUUUGUAUGCAUUAGUUCACAAUAUAUGCCUAACUAUCUUUGAUGGAGGACUAGAAAAAGAACAGGACUCACCAUGCUAGCAUAACAUAGGAUCAUCCUUUAUAAAGGUCAGUCUUCUUGGCUCAAAUGUAUUUGGAUCAACAGCCAAGUGCUUCAGGCUUUAAGUGGCAGCUCAACCGUGCCAAUAAAAGUUCAUUGGAUGUCACCGAUUUGUGUCCAAAAGCAUUUAGGUUGCCGACCAACCCUCUCACUGGGACGUUCCGUUCAGCUCAUCUGCCUAAUGUCUGCCGCACCGUUACCGCCUAAUCACAGUGGAAAAUUGAAUCCCUCGGGUCUGUUUGGGUCUCUUAUUAAUUCCCCUUCCACUGGAUUGCAUUAUGCUGUGCCAAUAAUGGUUUCUUCCCCCAAUGAUAAUCAUUCUUUCAUUUUGUUCACUUUGUGUAGCUCAAGAUUUUCUAUCGCAAGUGUUUUAUUUUAAGCAGCAUUUUUCAGGUCGGCUGUGUUUUUGUUUAUGCCCAAAUGAUGCCCCAGUGGAACUUAUUUUUGGCUGCUUAAAAGUACACGGGUCAACAAAUUUUUACUAAACUUUGUAGUAAUCACAGAUGCAUGUCAGGUUUUCUAGAUAACUUGUUGUUUGCGCUCAUUCUGAAUAAGCAUUUGUUUUCUCUAGCACAUCAGGUUUUUCUUAGAUUACUAUUAUUAGUCUACUAAUAAAAGUAGUAUACUGUCUAUAUACAAAAAUAGAAAUGUAAAUUAGAGGCAGAACAUUUGACUCAUUUGCAAUACUUUGCCAAUUUUGGGGGUUGAGGGGGUAAUAUUUAAACAUCUUUGUCUUAUGUUUUAAUGGCCGAUUUUAAAAGAGCUAAUAUCAGCCGAUCAAUCAGUUGGACCCUAAUUAUGUCCUGAAUUUUUUUUUUUUUGGUCAUCUUGUUUUUUCCUUUCAUGUUAGUGAUGUUGACUUUCUUGUUAAUAUAUCUGCUUUACUUUUACACCACAGCAAUAUCACAACUACAGCGACACAUCGUGAUGCAAAAUGUUUUACAUACAAGAAGAUUUCAUAUUGUAGUUAAUUGUACGUAAAGGUUAUUUACUUUGACCUUAUUUGAUUGCAUUCCCAUCUGAAACUGUGCAUACCUACAUAGUGCCUAGCAUUGUAUGUAGUCUCUACAUAAUAUAUUCUUUGUGUGUGUGGCUUUGUAAUAUCAAUGCAUUGUUCCUUAUACUCCAUAUAUCAAUGCAAUAGAAUAAGAAUACAGCAUAGUAUAGUAGAGUCAAUGUGAUUUCCAAUGCGUCCUGUUCUUGAACUCGAUUUAGCAUGUUGGAAAAGCACAAAAAAUAUCAUGUGACUCACUUUGCAAAACUUU